GCUGAUCGAUUCGUCCCAAUCAGAGACGCCCACUCUCCCUUAUCAGAAAAGUAUCAAACCACGAAACAACAUGAUUGUCUCUCGGCAUCUGAAAAGCUUCUGCGGGGUCAGGAGGCCUCUCACGAUCCUUUCUUCAGCAGGAGAGAGUCUAAUAGCCAGUCAUCUAAUGUGCCCAGAGUAACAAGUCCGAGUGUUCCACGGCUAGACCUACCAGCAGUUAUCGCAGUACGAACGCUAGUGUUUGAUGACGAAGAACCAAUGCAGACAUCUGAACGUGUUCUGUCCAGCUUGAACCCCGUGAUCAGGACAGGAAUUGCUGUUGAUGACGGGCAUGGCCGUGUUCUGCGUAGCGGUACGCAUGCCCAGCUCUUCAAUGCUUCAUUUGCUUCAGCGAAUGUCACCCGCGGAGAAGCUUCAGACAAAUAUCAAGGCUGCGUCGCCUCUGCUCUGGAGAUUGAUCGCGCUCGCGCCCAGCUGGAUGCCGUAAACUUCCAGAUGCUCCUAUCAAGUACGUACCUCGUUCAGCAAGCGAUGCAGAGUCCAAUUACGGUCUUGGACGCACCGAUGCUUCGAGAUGAUUUUUACUGCUCUAUUCUUGCCUAUUCUCCUAGUUGUCAAACCUUGGCUAUUGGUUUAAGAAACACCCUUUACACUUGGACUGAGAAACUAGGAGGCGUUCCCUCCCAGAGCGCCCGGCAGGACGGUAGCUGGAUAACCUCGGUGGGGUUUUCAUCGACUGAAGGACGGAAAAACAUCUUGGCCAUCGGACGGUCGAACGGCUCUCUGAUCCUGAAAUCAAUGUGUGACAGUCUUCCGCGCUUCGAAGUGCAACAUCCUUGCGGAGUCGCCUGCGUAAGCUGGCGUCCAUCGUCUACCUUGCGCCCAUCCAGUAACCCAAUUAAUCCGGGCGGUCCGACUAGUACUAAGGAUCUUAUUGUUGGAGACCAAGCCGGUACAUUGUUCUAUUACAUGGUUGAAUGGCCUCUCGGGUGGGAAGUGACCCGAGAUACUUGGCCAGGCAACAUGGUACUGAUCGCAAAGAUUUCCAUUCACAGCCAACAGAUAUGUGGCCUUGCGUGGUCAACUAGCGGAAAGCUUUUUGCAUCUGGAGGGAACGACGAUCUCUGUUGUCUCUUUGAUGUUGAUACAAUUCUUGGGGAGCGUGUCAAUAGGAAUAGGGAGACUUUUCAAGAUGGUACCCAGGCACUUCCUAGCAAUACAAACCUGGACCUAGGAUCGCAUACAUCCGCGGGCAAUGGCGAGGAGGAAGUUACACAUAAGGCAGAGAGUAGCGAAAGUAGUCUUUCCACUGACCCUAGCACAGAAAUCCAGACACGGAGAACCUCCCCGGCAACUGUUCGAAACUUUGGCCCCGGCGUUGAAAGGCACUGUUGGCCACACGGUGCUGCAGUCAAAGCCAUUGCGUUUUGUCCUUGGAGAGAAGGGUUGGUGGCAACUGGAGGUGGUUCCAACGACCAAUGUAUCAAUUUUUUUCACACCAGCUCCGGUGCUGCACUGGCUACCAUCACAGUAUCUGCUCAGGUGACGUCCUUGACAUGGUCAACAUCGAAACGGGAAAUCGCUGCGACUUUUGGCUAUACUCAGCCGGAACACCCGUUUCGGAUUGCCGUCUUCAGCUGGCCUAGCUGCAAGCAAGUAGCUGCUGUGUCCUGGGACCGUGGGAUGAGGGCGUUGUAUGCCAUUCCAUAUCCCAAUACUUCAGGGGGCCGGGGUUCUUCGGCCAACAACCGGCUUAGCCAAGGGGGCUGCCUUGUGGUGGCCUCGAGCGAUAAGACGGUCAAGUUCCACGAGGUAUGGUCCAACGAAGGAAAGUCCACAGUGGGCGGCGCUGGGACGCUGGGUAGCAGCGAUAUCUUGGAAAGCUUGGAAGGCAUUGACAAGGAAGGUGACAUUAUCCGC